AAUUUAAUUAUGUUUAUAAACAUCUGUCACUUUGACAGUAUAAUGUUUUUUUUUUUUUUUUUUUUUUCUUAUUCUACAUAAUUCUGAUUCUAAUAACACAACUACAAUUGAUAAAUUAUUAAAAUUGUUGUUAAAUAUGCCUUUUUUUACAAAUAAAUUUUCUCCAAAAAAAACUCCGCUGAGAAAAGCACCAACAUCUUUAGCAAAUAGAGAUCUAAGUCCUCAACGUAUUGAAAGAGAACUCGGUCCUGAAAUAGGGCCCAUUAAAAUACGUCUUGGUGAUCACGAAUCAGUAUUUGACAGUGGUACUUGGAUUCCUGAUUCAGGUAAAAUAGGAGUUACGUACAAAGAAAAUGAAAAACUAAAAAAAGAAAUCAGUAGAUUGGAGGAAGAAAAUAAUUUUCUUAGAUUAAAAUUUGAAUUAAUGUUAGAUAUGUUAACAGAAACUACCGCUCAAGUACAAUUAAACAAAGACCACGUUGAAAACUUAAAAAAUAAAAUAUCUUAUAAUAAACGGUUAUAAAUUUAAUAUUAAACUUGACUGAACGAUUUUGUAAAAAUAUUUUCAACAAUGUU